AUGCCAUCAGAUGGGAAAAUCGAAAUAAGAUUUAUCCUAAAACAACAAACUCGUUAAAGUCAGCAGCAUCCCUCGGGGAACAGGACUCCAUCACCGACGUUGAUGUGAUGAAAAGCAUAUCACCGACGACCACGACCGGCGUCGCCAGCAGACGACAGCUGACUCAUCUGGUGAAGCGCGAUGUAAUUAAAGUGCAAGAAUCUCUAUUAUCAUCGUCAUCUUCAUCAUCCUUGUCGUUGACAGCUUCGACGAUGAGUGCGAGAAUCGACCAGUCGCUAUCGGAGAGUUCUAAUGGCGCAAUUUGUCGCAACGGAAGCAACUUGCCAGAUCCGGCCGGAAGCUGCACCACCAACAGCAUCAACGGCACUAAAUCAUCGGCAGAUGGGAACCAGACCUACGUUACUCCGUACUACACCAUCAUCAACCUGGACAACCAUAACGACGUCCUGUGCGAUGAGGAGUACUAUAUGGAAGAGUACAACGAGAACUGCUUCAUCGAUCAUAAUGUGACCUGCGUGGGCGAUCCGUUGUACUGCAAUCUAACGAACGAGGAGUACCAGCAACUGCUGAUGGACUACAUCUACCCAUCGACAGCCGAGUGGAUCCUGAUUGCAUCGCACUCGGUGGUGUUCAUAAUGGGGCUGGUCGGCAACGCGUUGGUCUGCAUCGCCGUUUACACCAACCACUCGAUGCGAACCGUGACGAACAUCUUCAUCGUCAAUCUAGCGGUGGCGGACUUUUUCGUGAUCCUAUUCUGCCUGCCGCCGACCGUCGUCUGGGAUGUGACCGAGACGUGGUUUAUGGGCAAAGCCAUGUGCAAGGUCGUCAUCUACUUUCAGACGGUCUCGGUGACGGUGUCGGUCCUGACGCUGACGUUCAUCUCGAUCGAUCGAUGGUAUGCGAUUUGCUUCCCCCUGCGGUACAAGCCACGGCCGGAGCGUGCCUGGCGAUCCAUAGCCGUUAUCUGGUUGAUUGGCUUCCUAUCGGACCUUCCCGAGUUCCUAGUGCUGACGACACGUCGAAAAAAGCUGCGCUUCGACAUCAAGCUCUUCACCCAAUGUGUGUCCACUUGGGACAACGAGAAGGAGAAGACGUUCUAUAUCGUCAAGUUUGUGUUCCUUUACUCUCUGCCACUUCUGUUUAUGACGAUAGCGUACUUUCAAAUUGUACGAGUGCUGUGGCGGUCCGACACCAUCCCCGGCCACCGGGAGUCCCGGACGCAACCCUGCGGGAUCCACAGCACCCGUACGACGCUAAACUGCGUGGGAAAUACCAGCACCAUGGGACAGCUACGAGCUCGCCGGAAAGCGGCCAAGAUGUUGGUGGCGGUCGUGGUCAUGUUCGCCAGCUGUUAUUUCCCGGUGCACAUGCUGAACGUGGCUAGAUACACGUUCGACAUCGGCCAGAGCGAUGUCGUGGCAGUCCUGUCGCUGUUCUCGCAUUGGCUCUGCUACGCCAACAGCGCCAUCAAUCCUGUGAUUUAUAAUUUUAUGAGUGGUAAAUUCCGGCGGGAGUUUAAGAACGCGCUGGAAAAGUGCCACUGCCUGAGGAAUCCCCGGGGGCUGGGAGGCCGGGUCGGUGGCUAUGAUGACCGUUCGAUGUACCACACGGCCACGCGGAUGAACGCCAGCCCCAGCAGCCGAAGCAAUUACCACCUGACCAGUGUAAGAAACAUUAGCAUUAAGCACACGCAGCAAACAUCCUUCAACGGAAGUCGCCAUCACCACGCCCGGAACAGCAUCAAUCAUCCGGGCAGUUUGACCGCACAGCAGAUCUCACCCGUCUCGUUCGAGGAGCGGUUGGCCCUCACCAGGAACAUGGACGGCACCGGUGACCCCACCGUUGGCGGUGCUGGAGCUGGUGUGACCGCUGGUCCUGGCGCCAACAACAACAACAACAACAACCAUCAUCUUCCGCAUCACGCGGUUGUGGUCAACGGAUCGGCAGCACCGGAGGGCAAUAGCAACGGGGCUGCCAACUCUGCCGCCUCCGGCACCUCAACAGCCGGCGGCAACCCUAGUUCCAUGCUAAUGAUUGUGAAUAAAUCGAGCAAUUGUAAGAUUAAUGGCACUUGACGGGCAAAGCUGCACGUUUCCUGGCGAAAGGAUCGCAACACCACCAACAACAACGCUGCUGACGGUGCCACCGGAAUAGCGGGCGGAGGGGGAAUGCAGUUGAAUUAAUGGGUUAAGCAGCCAUUGCGGGCAGAGAGUAAUUAAAGGGGGGAAAACAUGUUGCAGCGAUGCGCGAUGGGGUGUAGUAAUAAGUGAUUACCAAGAUUGCGAAGAUGAGGAAGAACCAAAUGUGGUGGGUUUGCGUGUCGGUGUUAAAUUGAUGACUUGCAUAAUGGUUAUCAAGUGUUUUGUGUUUGAUUGCCGCGGCCGGCCAGUUCAAUAGGUGUAGGAUUGAUGGAUGGCUUCGGGUGAGGCUGCCGCAUGACGGUGAUGGGAAUGUUUGAAAUUUUAAGGCAAUCGCGUUUAAGAUUCCAUAGAAUUGCACUUGGAACUUUAAAGUAUAUUCUCUCUGAAAUUGCGUUCUUAGUCUGUUCAAUGAUUUAUAAAAUUCAUAAUUAUAGGGAGCAUAUAUUAAGGGAGCGUUCAUUAAUUACGUCAAGCAAAGUUUGUACCCAUGUUGUGUCCCAUGUUGUCACAAUUUCUCAAGCAUCCCCUUGGAAAUUACGUCACUUUAGCACAUCCCCCUACUUGCUUUGAAGUUUGCAAUGCAUUUUAUAGAUAUAAUCUCGUAGGUAUUUAUUUCAGAAUAAGUUUUAGAAGAAGUUGUUUAAAUUUACAAAAAAUAUGUAUUUCCAUGUAAAACUUCAUUCCUUUUCCAUUGUGAACCGAAUUUUUGCUACUCCUUUAGACAACUAUUACAGAACAGAAGUGGAAGUGUGAACGAAUCAAUGUAUUAAAAAGUGAGAGAACAUUUUUGUUCACCUACCGAUGCUAGCGGAUGCGCUGCACAAGGGUUUUCUAUGGACACUCACACCAUCAAAACAUGCUGCCCAUAUAAACUGCAGGCAAAGCUUGCCAUCUACCGGUAGGUGCGCUUCCCAAGUAACCAAAAGUUCCUCAUUCAACGAUAAAACUCACUUCCAAGUUCCAUAAAGUUUGAAUAAAGUUCUGACAGAACGUUCUUCCCAAGCAACCAAAAGUUCCGUAUUCAACGAUUAACCCACUUUCAAGUUUCAUAAAGUGUAUAUAAAGUUCUAACACAACAUUCUGGCUACUUACGAAGCUAUAGAAAGCGCACGAGGAACUUCAGGCUCCAAAAAGUUCCAAUGCGUACUCCUUGCAACUUGAAGUUCAAAAAAAAAUCCAAAAAGCAUCCUUAAGCAUUUCUUUGGAACUUCAGACAGGGCUGAAAACAUGGCCACAACAAAGUUCCGAAAAAGUUCCCAGCGGAACUUCUUAGCAACUUUAAAGUAUCUCAAAAGGUCCGUCCCAGCCCGCAUGAAGCAAUCUGCACAAGUCUUUAUAAGUAACAAAAUUUAAUGUACGUAAAUAUGAAAUGAUCAGUGGCUCAAAUAAGUCAUAAUUCUUAUAUUUAUACAGUGCAUCAAUAUUCUAUCCUAAAAAAAAUAAUUUCCUGGAUUCGAACCCGUGUAUUCGGCAUCCGAGCUACGAACGCUAACCACUGUGCCACAAGUGUGUUGGAAAACCAUGCGGGCAAACACCAAUUUAAAGCUCAUCAAGGUGUUGUGUUUCGUAUUCUAGUCAGUCAGCUGGCUCUGAAAACUUCAACAGUAGGCGGGACUAUAGCUCACUUUAAUAUAUUUCAGAUGACAUAGCGGUUCAUGCUAGGGUUGGGUUUAAUUCAAACAGCUCCAAUACUAUUACUCGUAGCCAGGAAAUGACGUUCGGUGAAAUGGCAUUCGGCCAAAUUUUCCAUAGUAAUUUUUUUCGCCCCUCCCUAGCUCGAAACCUGGCUACGCCCUUGCGUACUACUGAUGCUGAUAAAUCAAUACACGUUCAUACCUGUCUUUAGAAAAACUUUCAUUAAGACCUGACUUUAGAAUUAACUUUCAUAAAAAUGCGAACUAAAUAUAGAAUUAAUGCAGAGGAUAAUUUUUUUUACGUAGGGCUAUGUCUGUGAUUUCUAUAUGGGGGUACACUUUGUGAAAACCGAAAAUGGAACAUGUCACAAAAUUAUGAAAGAUUUUGAACGUUAAUAACUCAGCUGCCCCUGGACCAAUUUCAAUAAUUUCAUGACCAAUCGGUCAGAUAUAUUUCUACGCAUCUGUUAAAUUUAAGACUUUAUCAUUUUUCGAAAUGGUACUAUUGAAAAUUGCCCACAUGUGCAACUGUUGCUUUGAUUGUUAAAAUUAUUACCGAUUGCCUGCGAAAAACGAUUUCUUUAACACAGAUUUCAAAGUUGAAUUCCAUCCGGUCUCACCAAACGGUGUUUAUUCAAUCACCGCGUGGUAAAAGGUGGUGAUAUCCAGUACACAAUGAAAGACUGCUUGCAAGCAGCGAGGUGCAGUCCACAUGAGCAUCGAUAGAAAGAAGAAGCUGCACCGUUAUUGGUCGGAAUCAGUAGCUAUUCGUGAGUCGCUGUGGCCCAUCUUUGUCAAGCGCAUCAUACUAAAGAGUAUAAACAGAGAGUACCCCGCUAUAAAUUCCUAUUCCUACACAAAACACAAUCUCCUGCUGCAGUUAACGAAAAAGGUUUAUUAUAUAAGACCACGCAGCCCUACGUCACCAUUGCGUUCAACCCCAUAGGGCUACCCCUUGUAGUUUUUUUUUUUUUUUUUUUUUCUAAAAUUUCCGUUUAAG